GUUCGGAAACACACCCAGCUGAGCCACGAGAUGUCUCGUGUAGCAGUAUCAGUUGUUGUAAGGGGUCUUUGUAGUCUCCUUCCACAUUCAGUUGCCCCUCAGUUGAACGCCAUUCUAAUGCAUUUACAAGGACCUCUCGCUGCACCACAGCCAUUAAUUGAAGAAACUCACGAUGCUCGUAGAUUGAGAGUAAUUUUUACAGAACUUACAUCUUGUAAGGAAGACUCACAGCAAAGGAGUUGGAUUCUUUAUGAAGAUGAAACGACCAUUACCGAAUACAUUCAGGAACUUGUAUCUAUACUGACAAAUGCGGAUGCAAACGUCUCUCGACACGUGCUGUCUGGGGACAAGUACCAGGGAGUUACUACACUGCUGCAGUAUUACCAAAUGGAAAUUCGCUGGUCCAUACGUCAAUUGCUUCUCCAAGCCUUUGGCAUCAUGUGCAGUCUUGACACUACUGUUGUUACUAUAAUGCUCAACUCAGUUUUGCCAAUGGAACUAGCUCGAGAUAUGUGUACCAAUCCCAGGAAUAUUCCACGACUCAAAUACUCUUCACUUCUUCUGACUAUGGUGUUUUCAAUGGGAGAACCCAUGCCGGUCACACACAUGGAGCACCUAGGUGUCAACUUCAUGUCAUUCCUGUUUGACCUGAUUGAAUCUCCGCCGGAUACUGACGUGGAAGACCAGAUUCCAGAUCUGUUUCUGAACUUGGUACUUGCAUACAACCUGCAGUUUGCCCCAGAUGCUGAAAAUGUCAUGUUGAAAGCUCUGUUACAAAGGACUGUAGCAAAAACAUUCACUGAGAAGACAUUGCUUCUUUUUAACAGAGAAGAGGAUCCAGUUCGAAUAUUUGAGCACGUACCUGCUCCACCCAAUUCAGUUCUGAAGCUGUUUGUGGAUCUGUUUAGCAACGCACAGACGGCUGCACUCUUCUACACCAAUGAUACGAAGGUCCUCAUUGAUAUUAUUGUUAGACAGUUGGCUGACCUGUCACCUGGAGACAGUCGAAGACAACAGUACCUUCAAUUAUGCCAGCUGGUAAUGCGAAACACUCCUUACUAUGAUCAUCACCAUCGACAGGAUGACAUUCUUAAGUGCUUCACGAGGAUAUUCUGUGAGGAAACAGAGCAAAGCAAAACUGAUCAGAAAUUGGUACGAGAAAUAUCCAAUGAGUUCCCACAAUACUUCAAGGCCUAGCGUAGCAGAGCACUGCAGUCCAUGUUGUGUGGCAGAAUGAUGAUAUUACAGCCUUUUUUGUGGCAUCUGCAGAUUGAAGCCAAAAUGCUGAAAUACGUAAUCACAUGGAAAUUGAUCCAAAGAAUAAGGAGGGUGUGCCAGCACGUCUGAGCCCCAACCUUACAGGUGGUUUUGCAUGUCGUGAUAUCAGUAAGGGUCUGCAUUGCCCUUGAUUUCAUGUUCCAGUUGUUUGCGCUAUGAUAGAGGUUGUAACUUACCAGGUAAUAAUACUCCAUAGUAUACACCGCUGAUGAUGGUACAAGUACACACAUUCCUGUUUCUCAUUUGGAAUAAAAUGCAUGCUAAAUAUUAUUGCUGGAACAUGUUUGUAUGUAAUAAUACCAGGAUACAUAAUACUUGAUUCCAUUUCUAGCCAAAGCGAUUAAAAUACGGAUGUAUGAUGAUGCAUCGUAUUUUAAAUGGUAUAUUAUAUAAAAUUGCUUGCAAUAAGAAGUUUAUUGUAAAUAAAUAGUGUAUCAGAGUCAAUUAUUUUGUCACAUGUUACUCCUCAGUUUGGUAACAUUCGUGAUCAUUUUUACACGUAAUUAUGUUUAGAGGGUUUGUGUUUAAUCUGUGCAUUUUUUUUACGAAAUAAUAUUUGAAUCUUAAUAUUAUGUGGUGUCCUUAAUUCUUAUCGGAAUAAGAUAUCACUCGUGAAAACAUGGUAUGAUGCACGUGAAUUAGUAUUGUGUAUUGCGCUUUGUCAAUCAUCAAACACUAAUUAUCAUAGACAGGGAGAUAUGAGAAUUUUCCAGUCUUUUAAACAUGUCAUGGCUUAAUAAUUUUAUGAAUAUGUCUGUGCUUAUGUUGGCUAUAAAAAUAAUUUGGUCGCUCUUGAAUGCACAUGAGACUUUUAUUGUCACAUGGUUGCUUGUAAUAUUUUAGUUUUUUUAAGGGGACAUCCAUCUAAUUAUAUAUCAACUGUAUUAAUAUUUUCCAUCACCACAACAAAAUGAAGCUAAGAAAAAUUACAUUUACAGAAGUUAUCUCGGAUAUUUAUCUGCUGAAGAUGUAUAUAGUACUGUAACGUAUCUCCAAAGUUUGACGAUUGACUGCAUUUUUCACAGCACUUUAAAAAUGUUUUUUUUGGAUCUUGUGUAGUAUUAUGCUCUGGAAUACCAGUUUAUAUAACUAAAUUAGAUGCUAUCGACAAAAGUGUUCCCGUUUUCUCGUAAUCAUUUGUGAGAAUCUAAUUUUCACAAUUGGUAAAGAAACUGCCCAUCUUGUAUGGAACACAUCGGUUCAUUACCAUGCUCACAGCAGGCCCAACUGAGUCCAUUCUACAUCCUAUAUAUGUUUUUAAUCCAUUUUAAUAUUAGCAUACUGUUUAUGCCUGAGUCUUCCCUUUGGAUUUUAUAAAAUUGUUAUGUAAAAAUACUAACUCAAAAUUUGAGAAUUUGUUAAUAUCGUAUGCCACGAAAUGAGUAGCAGCUGUACUUAUAUAGUUGCAGGAAUGUAAUGGCUGCCUUGAGUAAGGUAUGAAUGUGUUCUACAACUAGUCCUUUCUGCUCCCGAAACUCACCAGUGUAGUUCGAGUAAUUUUAAUUCACAGAAAGGUUCAUGACAACCAUUUAUCUUGUGAAAUAUUUUUUUGUUGCUACUAGUAACUAAUUUCAGAGUUUGAGAUUAUUGCCAAGAAGGCAGGUGAUAGAACCACAGCUUUUAUUUUGUAGUUAAUGUAUGAAUGGAACGUGUAACAUUGUGCAAUAAAACAAGAAGCUGGAUCUACAUUUCUA